AUGUCUUCUGAUGACAAGAAUUCUAAUCCGCAAUAUUCAGUUACUUUUGAGCAUGAUUACCAUGAUGAAUUGAUUAUUGAUUAUGAGCUUGUAGAAAUUGCCAAUGAUAAUAAGCAAGAAUUUAAUGAACAAGACCAUAUACUGUACUUGUAA